GAAAUAUUGUCGUCUGUUUAUGUGCGCAGUGAGGUGCGACUUUUGACCUUUGAACUUCUACAUUACUACUCUCAGCCAAUGGACGCUGAGCAUACGCACUGAAAUGCUCUGACAAAGACUCGUGGAGUUAAAAUAUAAAAAUCAGGAAGUGGGCGAUUCAGAGUGUUUGUUUUGCGAGGUGAGUCGAAUGUUAAUUCAGCGCCACUUUUAGCAGACGGCAGUAUUAUUGGAGUCGAGUUGGCCUUGAUCAAUGUCAGUAUCUUCGAGCAGACGACACAGGUUUGAAAGAAACUCGUGUUCGUCUUUCAGCAGAUAGAUUUGAAAGACACACAAACGAGUGUCCAUCUCUUAACAGACAAUUUUGGAAGACACAAAUAAUGCUGUUUUCUCUGUCACUACGUUUGGUUUUCCUCAUCGCGAUUGUCUUGAUCAGUGUGUCUGUCGGAACCAGUGUCACCGUGGAGGACGUCCUUCAGUGUUCUGUAGAUGACAUAUGUUGCACUAACAUGAGAGAGGACAGAUUGCCGAACCUCAUCUUGAAUUACGACUGCAGUCAGCCUGACAACGUCACCCUUCUCCUACCACCCGGCACCAACAAAACAUCCCCAUUCCGACUCUUCUUCUCAAACCUGUGCAUCACACGUCUCCCUGAGGAUAUAUGUGAUUAUCCCAACAUUGCAAGCAUACGUGCGGUGACCGGUAAAAUCGAAACAAUUCCCAGCCUUAGCUGUCUGAAGAAUUUGAUAGCUCUGGUACUUGUCAACCAGGAAGUUAAAUCUGUUGAGACGGGUGUGUUCGUUGGUUUGGAAAGGUUGAGAUACAUCAACCUUGCUUAUAACAAAAUACAUACUAUUGAGCCAGGAGUGUUCAGUGAAGACUUACAUGGAUUGAUGAGGGUUCAUCUUGACUACAACGAGCUGACAGCGUCUGAGGCCUGGCCGAUAAGGAUUACCCAUCAAUUCUGUGUUUUCGGCCUUAGUCACAAUAACAUAUCCCAUUUUUCAAACGAAGAAAACUGGUUAGUGGAUGAAUCCAAACACUAUGGACCCGGUAUGGUAGGCUUUUCUCACAAUUUGUUUACGACAUGGGUUUUAGAGGAAUUGGAGAUCUAUGGAAUUCGUGAUCGGAAAAUUGGUGGGACAUUAAAUAAUUGGGGGUUUGACUUCAGACAUAAUAAGUGGAUCUGUGAUUGCAAUUUUCAUGAAUUUCUCCACCUGUCAUCGAAUUUAUAUACGGUAAUAUGGAGGAACUACUUAAAUGUUCUCUGCGACAGUCCAGCUCAUCUGAAAGGAAAGCAAGUGCUACGUCUGCCACUGGAUGCGUUUGUGUGUAAUGUCACGGACAAAUGUCCUCAAGAAUGUUUAUGUCAGGAUCAGCCAGCAAAAAAACAGAUGUUGGUUGACUGCCGUGGUAGAAACUUGACACGUUUACCGUCCAUGGUUCCCGACGGUAAUUUAAAACUGCUUUUUGGCGAUAAUUCCAUUACCUUCUUGGAAGCAGUAGGUUAUUUGCAAAGAACAAAAUAUCUUGACGUAUCUAGAAAUAAUAUUAAAAUUAUUGCACCUUCAGCAAUUGACCUUUUGCAAAAUGGGGUUGCAUUUCUGGGCCUAUCGGACAAUCGUCUUGAGUUCAGAACAUCCAUUAUUCUAAACUAG